UGUACUCACCAUUGAGUUAACACUAUAGUGUAUAUCUAUGUUAACACUGCUCAAGGGGUGACUGAAGCAGUAUGGCGUCGACGAGCCGUGGAGAUUCCCUACCCAAGGUGACAUGCCCAAACCACCCUGAUGCCCUCCUGGUGGAGGAUUACAGAGCUGGGGAUAUGAUAUGCCCCGAGUGUGGCCUAGUAGUUGGUGAUCGAGUGAUUGACGUUGGUUCUGAGUGGAGGACGUUUACCAAUGAGAAAGCUACUAAGGACCCCUCCCGAGUGGGAGAUGCCCAGAACCCGCUUCUGAAUGGGGGAGACCUUACUACAAUGAUAAGCAAGGGAACUGGUGCUGCAAGCUUUGAUGAGUUCGGCAACUCAAAGUACCAGAACAGGAGGACCAUGAGCAGCUCGGAUCGAGCCAUGCUCAACGCUUUCAAAGAGAUCUCUACUAUGGCUGACAGGAUCAACCUCCCCAGAAACAUUAUUGACCGGACAAAUAAUUUGUUCAAGCAAGUUUACGAACAGAAGAGUUUGAAAGGCCGGAGCAAUGAUGCUAUUGCCUCAGCCUGUCUCUACAUCGCCUGCAGACAAGAAGGAGUGCCCAGGACCUUCAAAGAAAUAUGUGCCGUGUCAAGAAUCUCUAAGAAGGAGAUUGGGCGCUGUUUCAAGCUUAUUCUAAAGGCUUUGGAGACCAGUGUCGACCUCAUCACCACAGGGGACUUCAUGUCUCGCUUCUGUUCCAACCUCGGCCUUCCCAAGCAAGUGCAAAUGGCUGCCACAUACAUCGCCCGGAAGGCGGUUGAGUUGGACCUGGUGCCGGGCCGGAGCCCCAUCUCAGUGGCCGCGGCCGCCAUCUAUAUGGCCUCUCAGGCCUCCGCAGAGAAGAAGACUCAAAAAGAGAUUGGUGAUAUCGCAGGUGUGGCUGACGUCACUAUUCGCCAGUCCUACCGGCUCAUCUAUCCAAAAGCAGCGGAGCUUUUCCCACCAGAUUUCAAAUUUGAUACUCCUGUGGACAAGCUGCCUCAGCUUUAAAAAAAAAAAAAAAAAAAUACAUUCUAAAAAAUAUUAUCCAUGGAUUUUUGGAGUAUUUUUUAUAACAUUACAUUUCUAAAAGUAAAUAAGUUCUAGGAAAGUAUCAGUCUUAUGGGCAACCUGUUGCAGGGGGACAGAAAUGUAUAGGACACACAUUCCAAAGUUAUAACCCAGAAUUGAAUACUGUACUUCAAGAUCAUUAACAGCAAUUUGUGUGUCUGUGUGUGUGUAUAUAUACUGUAUAUAUGUUUAAGUGAACUGAAUUUGUUAGUUGCGCGUAGGCAGGUUUCAUACUGUAUACUUUUUUGUUUUCUAGGAGUGGACAAGGUGUAUGUUGGCUUAUUUUCCUUAUGUGAUAAAAUAAUAAUUAUUAUUCUUUUUUUUUUUUUAAGUUUCAGUUUGUACUACAAAGACAAAGAAUGCACACUUGUCCUUAGUGGUGAGUGACUAAUGAACACUCCUAUUUGUGUGUGUUCACCUGAUUGAAAUCAUUAAGCUACUGCUUCUUAUUAAAGAUAUAAAAAAAACUGA